GAGAAUCCGCUCCUCCGCGUCUUGGAGGCGACCUGGAAGAGCCGGGACGAACGCACUAGGUCCCCAGAGGAGGAAACCACCGGGCAGAGGCGCAGAGUGGCCGGGACGAAGCUGCUCGCAAACCCCGGAAGCCCUCCCGGAUCCACCCUGCGGCGGCCGCGCGACCCCGGACCUGCGCAGUAGCGUCCGCGGCGGCGGCGGCGGCGGCAGCACGGUCCGCAGCGGCAAGGUCCGCGGCGUUCCCUAGCUGGAAGGUCCGCGGCGUUCCCUAGCUGGAAGGUCCGGCAGCCUCAGGCCGCGCGAGGCCUCCCGCGUCAUGUCGGCCCAGGGCGACUGCGAGUUCCUCGUGCAGCGAGCCCGCGAGCUGGUGCAGCAGGACCUGUGGGCCGCCAAGGCUUGGCUGAUUACGGCCCGCAGCCUCUACCCCGCCGACUUCAACAUCCAGUAUGAGAUGUACACCAUCGAGCGGAACGCGGAGCGGACGGCCACCGCCGGGAGGCUGCUCUACGACAUGUUUGUGAAUUUCCCAGAUCAGCCCGUGGUGUGGAGAGAAAUCAGCAUUAUUACAUCAGCAUUAAGAAACGAUUCACAGGAUAAACAAACCCAAUUUUUAAGAAGUUUAUUUGAAACUCUUCCUGGUCGGGUCCAGUGUGAAAUGUUACUAAAGGUUACGGAGCAAUGCUUCAACACUUUGGAACGAUCAGAAAUGUUGCUUCUACUUUUGAGACGAUUCCCUGAAACGGUGGUACAGCAUGGGGUUGGCCUUGGGGAGGCACUGUUGGAGGCUGAAACUAUUGAAGAGCAAGAAUCUCCUGUUAACUGCUUUAGAAAAUUAUUUGUGUGUGAUGUCCUUCCUCUAAUAAUUAACAACCAUGACGUUCGGUUGCCCGCCAAUUUGUUGUAUAAGUACUUGAACAAAGCAGCUGAAUUUUAUAUCAAUUAUGUCACUAGGUCUGCUCAAAUAGAGAGUCAGCAUCAAGGUGCCCAAGAAACGUCUGAUUUAAUGUCACCGAGCAAACGUAGCUCUCAGAAGUACAUAAUAGAAGGGCUGACUGAAAAAUCAUCCCAGAUCGUGGACCCUUGGGAGAGGUUGUUUAAGAUUUUGAAUGUUGUUGGAAUGAGAUGUGACUGGCAGAUGGAUAAAGGAAGAAGAAGCUAUGGUGAUAUUUUGCAUAGAAUGAAGGAUCUCUGCAGAUACAUGAACAACUUUGAUAACGAAGCUCAUGCAAAAUAUAAAAACCAAGUGGUUUAUUCCACUAUGUUGGUCUUCUUUAAGAAUGCAUUUCAGUAUGUCAACAGCAUACAGCCGUCUCUAUUCCAAGGUCCUAAUGCCCCUAGCCAAGUUCCACUGGUUCUUCUGGAGGACAUAUCAAAUGUAUACGGUGAUGUAGAAAUUGAUCGCAGUAAACACAUACAUAAAAAGAGGAAACUAGCAGAGGGAAGAGAAAAAACCAUGCAGAGUUCGGACGAUGAAGACUGUUCAGCAAAAGGAAGGAAUCGUCACAUUGUUGUCAAUAAGGCAGAACUUGCUAACUCGAUCGAGGUGUUGGAAAGCUUUAAGCUGGCCAGGGAAAGCUGGGAGCUGCUCUAUUCCCUGGAAUUCCUUGACAAGGAAUUUACAAGAAUUUGUUUGGCGUGGAAGACGGAUACUUGGCUCUGGUUGAGAAUCUUCCUCAAUGAUGUGAUCAUCUAUCAGGGUCAAUAUAAAAAGGCCAUAGCCAGCCUGCACCACUUGGCAGCUCUCCAGGGACCACUUCCUCAGCCACAGAUCUCGGGACAGGGGACCUUGGAGCAUCAGAGGGCGCUCAUCCAGCUGGCGACCUGCCACUUUGCCUUGGGGGAGUACAGAAUGACGUGUGAGAAAGUCCUUGAUUUGAUGUGCUACAUGGUCCUCCCCAUCCAGGACGGAGGCAAGCCACAGGAAGAACCCUCAAAAAUAAAGCCCAAGUUUAGAAAAGGUUCGGAUCUGAAGCUUCUGCCUUGUACCAGCAAGGCUAUCAUGCCUUACUGCCUGCACUUAAUGUUAGCGUGUUUUAAGCUGAGAGCCUUCACAGACAGCAGAGACGACAUGGCGCUGGGGCACGUGAUCGUGCUGCUUCAGCAGGAGUGGCCGCGGGGAGAGACCCUUUUCUUGAAAGCCAUCAAUAAGAUUUGCCAGCAAGGAAACUUCCAAUAUGAGAACUUUUUCAAUUAUGUUACAAAUAUCGACAUGCUGGAGGAGUUCGCCUACCUGAGAACUCAGGAAGGUGGGAAGAUCCAUCUGGAACUACUGCCCAAUCAAGGAAUGCUGAUCAAGCCUUCUAGCCCUCCCAUGGGGUUACUGCAGCAGGAAUUCUUACCUGUGCUUCAGCCCAGCAUACAGACUGCUGACAGGCACCACACGGUCACCCGGGGCAUCACCAAGGGCGUGAAGGAGGACUUCCGCCUGGCCAUGGAGCGCCAGGUGUCCCGCUGCGGGGAGAACUUGAUGCUGGUGCUGCACAGGUUCUGCGUCAACGAGAAGAUCUUGCUGCUCCAGACUCUGGCCUGACCGGCCCUCCCGCCAGAGGCAGCCCACAGCCGCGGGGCUCUGGGGGAGACGGAAAGCGCGGAGGAGCGUCGCCGUCAUCGCUCUUCAGAAGAAGACCUUCGGUGUUUUAACUCAUUGGUCGCUUAGAAGUAGUUCCCCACAGUCCAAGAAGCUAUUUCUAUUUUUGUCAUAUUUUGUAAUUUUUGUAAAACAAAAGAACCUGUUUUGUAAAUAAAAUCAUCCUAAAUUUG